AUGAGUAUUCCAGAAACAAUGAAGGCAAUUGUGUUCCAUGGGCCAGGGGACAUCCGCACAGAGACCAGGCCAACUCCAGUUAUCGAAGAGCCAUCGGAUGUGAUCUUAAAGGUGAAGUUCUCUGGAUUAUGCGGUACUGAUUUGCACAGCUACAGAGGCCAUAUCAAGGGUCCAAUUGGAACUAUUAUUGGCCAUGAGUUUGUAGGAGAAGUUGUAGCUCGUGGAGCAGACAUAUCCGAUUCGGUCUUUACUAUUGGCGAAGAUGUUCUUAGCACAUUCACGAUUCAAUGUGGACAAUGCUGGUAUUGUAAGCAUGGAUACUCCGGUCAAUGCGAUGUAACCAAUACAUUUGGUAAGGUUGGAUUAAAUGGUGGACAAUCUGAGUAUGUAAGGGUUCCGUUUGCCAAAUCUACAUUGGUAAAAAAGCCACAGAACAACGACGGCAUUGAUGAUUCUGUGUAUGUACUCAUGGCUGAUAUCUUUAUCACUGGGUAUUACGGUGUUAAAAAGAUCCGCGAUUUCUUGAGCACAAAGCCAGCAGUGGGUAUUGAAGCGCAGGAGUUUAAGGACGUGACCAUCUUGCAAUUGGGGGUAGGUCCCGUUGGAUUGUGUGCUUUGAGAGUGUUGAAGCACUUCGGAUUUACGAAAGUGGUGUGCGUGGACAGUGUUCCUUCGAGAUUGGAAGAGGCAAAGAGGCUAGGAGCAUACAAGGCGAUCAAUUUCGAGACUGACAAGACUCUGCUUGAAGAAUUUAUCAGAAACGAGACUGGUAAUGUGGGAUUUGAUGCAGUAUUGGAAGUAGUGGGAGCAUCUUCAGCUGUGAAGACAGCCUACGACUCUGUUCGUCGUAACGGGUUCAUUUCCUCGUUGGGAAUGGGUCACGAGCCUCUUCCGUUCAACGGCCUCGAUUGCUACUUAAAGAACAUCAAUAUCUCCUUUGGAAGAUGUCACUGCUGGUCUUUGUUCCCUGAAGCCUUAGAAGUGUUCGAAUCUAUGAAGGCAGACUUUGCUAGUUUUAUAGACUACACAACUGGACUCGAUGGGGCUAAAGAGGCAUUUGAGUUGUUUGACAAGCAUAAGGUGAACAAGGUCGUGUUUGACUUGACGAAGUAG